AUGGCGGGCGGAGCGGGGGGCGCAGAUGCGAAGAUCCGCAUUUACGAUGUGGGCAUGAAGAAGCGGGGCGUCGACGAGUUCCCCUUCUGCAUCCACCUCGUCAGGUGCAUCCGCCUCGUCAGGUGCAUCCGCCUCGUCAGGUGCGACCGCCUCGUCAGGUGCGACCGCCUCGUCAGGCUGCAGACGGGCAUGCGAGGGGCGUUUAGGAAGCCGCAGGGCGUGUGUGCGCACGUGGCCAUCAGGCAGGUGCUGCUGUCGGUGCGCUGCAAGGAGGCCAACGCCGCUGUCGGUGCGCUGCAAGGAGGCCAACGCCGCUGUCGCCGCCGAGGCUCUGCGCCGCGCCAAGUUCAAGUUCCCUGGGCGGCAGAAGGUCAUUGCCAGCCGCAAGUGGGCUUGACGAAGAACGCUCGCGCUGACUUUGUGAAGUGGAAGCAGGAGAACAGGCUGGCGCACGAUGGAGUCAACGCCAAGCCUUACAUUCUCCAUUCUCCUCACUGUUGCUGUGCCACACGCCCUCCUACCAUGUUCCAACUGCUGGGGAACCACGGCCCUCUUGCUAACAGGAGGCCAGGCCAGGCCUUCCUUACCCCCCCAGAGAAGCAUGAUGUUUAA